UGAGCAAAUAUGUUUUGAGUGCCUGCCAAUACAACUCAUUCCCCUUUUUUGACCCCAUCUCCCCGUCUUCCUCCACCGGUCGAUGCUUUCCCUCCGCCCGCCACCAUUUAUCAAUAUGACGAAACUACCCUUCCUCCUCUCAUUCCUCCUUAUCCACCUUCUUCUCCGCCCUGCCGCCGCUGAGAUCAAGUCCCUCAAGAUCACCUCCGAUUCCCGGGCCAUGAUCCUUUUUGAGCGAUUCGGCUUCACACACACCGGCCACGCCAACAUUUCCGUUUCUUCCGUGUCCGUGAUCUCCUCCGUCACCUCGCCGGAUCCAUCCCGCCUUGGUUUUUUCCUCCUAUCAGAGGAAUCCCUCAUCCAAGUGCUCUAUGAGCUCCAGCAGAACCCUUCUUUUUGCGUCCUCGAUUCUAAAUACGUCGACCUGUUAUUUACUUUCAGGGACCUAUCCCCUCCUCCCCGCUCCUCCUUCACCCAUUCGUACCCGAUUCCCUCUCCGAAUGAAUACUCCCUUUUCUUUGCCAAUUGCGCUCCUGAAUCUACGGUUUCAAUGGAUGUCAACACCGAGCUUUAUAAUCUUGAUGAUCGUGGCAGCGUCAAGGAUUAUUUAUCUGCUGGACUUACCCAGCUGCCCACCCUGUAUUCAUUCUUUUCGAUUUUUUAUUUUGUUUUAUUUUGGUUCUGGGUUUCUUUUUGUUUUAAAAAUAGGAAGUCUGUGCAUAGAAUCCAUGCCCUGAUGGGGCUUUUGGUAAUUAUGAAGGCAUUGAAUUUGCUUUGUGCUGCUGAGGAUAAGCAUUAUGUGAAGGUUACAGGCACCCCUCAUGGAUGGGAUAUUUUGUUUUACAUUUUUCAGUUUAUUAGGGUGAUUUUGUUGUUUACGGUGAUCAUUUUGAUCGGUACCGGGUGGUCGUUCUUGAAGCCCUUCUUGCAGGAGAGGGAGAAGAAAGUGUUGAUGAUCGUGAUCCCCUUGCAGGUGUUGGCAAACGUGGCUUCUGUUGUGAUUGGGGAAACUGGGCCCUUUAUUAAGGAUUGGGUGACAUGGAAUCAGCUUUUCCUGUUGGUGGAUAUUAUCUGUUGCUGUGCCAUUCUUUUCCCGACUGUGUGGUCCAUUAGAUCUUUGAGGGAGACAUCAAAGACCGAUGGGAAGGCUGCAAGGAACUUGUCUAAAUUGACCCUUUUUAGGCAGUUUUAUAUUGUGGUUAUUGGGUACUUGUACUUCACGAGGAUCGUGGUGUUUGCGCUCAGGACCAUUGCUGCUUACAAGUACCAAUGGGUGUCUAAUGCAGCUGAGGAGAUUGCAAGUCUUGCAUUUUAUGCUGUAAUAUUCUACAUGUUUAGGCCGCUGGAGAAGAAUGAGUAUUUUGCGCUGGAUGAGGAGGAGGAACAGGCAGCAGAAAUGGCUCUUCGGGAUGAAGAAUUUGAGCUCUAAUUGGGAUCUAAAUGCUGCUAGUUUUUCUAAUUGGAUCUCAUUUUUGCAAUUAUAUGCAAUCCUCACAUUUACUCAUUGUGAGUUGUUCAGCAAAGUUGUAAGUGGGUUUGCUGCCAAAAAAAAUAAAAUAAAAAAAAAUCCCUAUCUGCAUACUUUCAUUGACCUGUUUCCCCUUCUAUUUUGUCUUCAUUAACAUGGAUUUUACAUCUGAUAGUGACUUUAACUUUUUGGAUAAUGGAAGUUCUGUGUCUUUUUUUGCAA